GAAAGCGACAGCAACAUACAGACCUGUCGGACACCUGUCGGCUUUCUCGGUUUAAUUUAGCGUUUUAUUAAGAAAAUAACAAAGAAUCAUUCAUUAUUUUCAGGUCUUGAGAUGUAAUUGGUAGCUUGUGAAACAGACAUGAGAAAUAAUGAUCAACAUUCAUUCAGCGACGUGUAUUUGUGUGACUCUCCUGACUGUCUACAAGUUUAUGGAAUCUCAAUCCGAACAAUUACAGGUGGUUGGUCCAGAAGCUCCUCUUGAUGCUGUAGCUGGUGAAGAUCUGGUUCUACCCUGUUUUAUCAAACCCAGUAAAAGUGCUGUGGACAUGACAGUGGAGUGGUUCAAACUCAAUGUAAAGGACUCAUUAGUACAUCUCUAUAGGGAUCAUGAAGACAACAAUGAAGGUCAGGCUCAGUCCUAUAGAGGAAGAACAUCACUGUUUAAAGAGGAGCUACAGAAAGGCAACACUUCACUCAAACUGUCAGAUCUCAGAGUCUCUGAUGAAGGAGAAUAUAAGUGUCUUGUUCAGGACAAAUCCUGGUACGAUGACAUCACUGUGAACAUCAUUGUAGAGGCUCAGGGAAGCCACCCAGUGAUAAUGAUGGAGAGUUAUGAUAACUCAGGAGGGAUUAAUCUAGUGUGUGAGUCCAGAGGCUGGAAACCUGAACCUGAUGUUCUGUGGCUGGACAGAGAAGGAGUCACUCUGACUGCUGAAGAUACACAGAUACACAGAGACACUGAGGGCUUUAGUGUGAAAACCAGCAUCACUGUUUAUGAUUAUAGCGACUCUAACAGGUUUUACUGCAGACUUCAGCAAAAACAUCACAUGAUGGAGACAGAGAUUAUCAUCAGUAGUGAAGUCUUUGGUGUUUGGAAGUGGGCUGUCAGCAUUUCAGCUGUAGCAUGUCUUUUUCUUGUUGGAUUGAUACUAACUGUGUGUUUUGGCUACAAGAAAGCAUCAGAACUUCAACAGGAGAAGCAAUAUGCAGAACUUCUAAAGAAGAAGAUGUUUAGAGUGGAUGUGACUCUGGAUCCUGAUUCAGCUCAUCCUCAACUCAAACUGUCUGCUGAUGGAAAACGAGUGACGCAUGUAGACACACCACAGGAUCUUCCUGAUUCACCACAAAGGUUUAAAAUUUCCUGUGUUUUGGGGCAGCAGAGUUUCUCUACAGGGAGAUUUUAUUAUGAGGUGCAGGUCAGAGGGAAAACUGAGUGGGCAUUAGGCGUGAUCAGAGGAAGCAUUAACAGGACGAAGUGGAUGACUGCGACUCCUCAGAAUGGAUUCUGGCUUGUGAUCCUGAGGAAUGAGAAUCAGUUUAAGGCUUGUGCUGAUCCCCCUGUACCCCUCACACUGAGAGAGACACUGGAGGUUGUGGGGGUGUUUGUGGAUUAUGAGGAGGGUCUGGUCUCCUUUUAUGAUGUGAAGUCCAGAUCUCAUAUCUACUCUUUCACUGGUCAGACUUUCACUGAGAAACUCUAUCCAUACUUCAGUUUUUGUAAUAAUAAAGGAGGUCAAAAUUCAGCACCACUGAUCAUCACUGCUGUUAAUGAAUAAAUAUCUGUUUUUUAUAUAUAUAUAUAUAUAUAUAUAUAUAUAUAUAUAUAUAUAUAUAUAUAUAUAUAUAUACUUUUUAAUGUUUAGCUUUUUCCACAAAUGGCUAUUAUGAUACAUUCAAAUGUACAACAUGAUUACAGACUACACAACUACAAUAAAUUAUCUAAAGCUUAAACAUGUAGAUUGUAAAAUGAACUGUGUUUACAUGAACACUAAUAUGAUCAUUAUCUGAUUUAAGCAGUUAAAUUCAGAUUGCAUUUUUCCUCUCUAGAAAUUCUAUUAAAACACACAUUUUAGUCCAGUUACUCACUGACACUUAAUAUAAAAUAAAUACUUAAUCAGUGUUUGUGUGCUAAUAAUCUGAUUUCUCAAACAUCCCAAAACUCAGUUCUUACCAUAUGCUUUUGACAUUCUUACAUUUUCUAAAGUUGAGAAACAUCUAUUACUGAUUGGAUGUGUAGGUUUAAAAUUAAUGUUAACUUUCUUUGUCUGGUUUGUUUAUCAUAAUUAAAUUUACAAUUAAUGUUUUGGAGCUGAUCAAUAAUGAAACCGAUUUAAUGUUGUUAAUUUUGCUGACUAGACUGUUACUAGUGUUUUUUGAUAUGUAGUAUAAUCUUAGUUUAUUAUAAUUUCUAAAAUAUCUGAACAAACGACCUCUAUGAUUAAAUUUUGUUAAAAUAUUAACUGCAUUUCUUUGUGCUUAAUACACCUGUGAUCUGAAAAACUUAUGCCAGUUGAUGUCAGCGUUGCAGGGAUAAAACGGACCCAAAUGCAGGAUAGCGUAAAAGA